AUGGACGACAACAGUCGCCGCAGAAGGCAAAAUGAACCGCCGUACCAAGGCUCGGAUCCGAGAUUCAAUGCAGACCAUAGCCAGGGGCGCGGAUUCGCGCCUUCCUCCUCCUCAGAGAGAUUCCGGCCUGCGCCACUAAAUACUUCGCCUUCCGCGGCUCGAGGGGCAGGAGGGGCGGCAUACUCGGGUUACUAUCAAGAGCCAGCUUCAUCAUUCCCUACUGCACUACCAUCAAACACCCUCCAGUACCAGCCUAGCUACCCCCAAGAUCAGAGGCAGCACCAACAGAACUUUGCCGGUUUUGCUACGGAUAUCAUGUUUGCGCAGACACCCCAGAACAAUGUGUACGACUCGACUUCUCAGUUCCAGGCGCGACAGCCCGCCGGAAUGCAGAUACUCUCUGACGUUGCGACACCAUACUUUGCGGGCGAGUCGAGCAGCGCGCCCGCUCCUCCACCCCUGCAGCACCACCCCUCGUCGAAUUCUUCCGCUGUGUAUCAACAGCAUCAGCAGAGCCCCGCUGAUCGGACGGCGCCACUUAUCCCGUCCGGCUACUCCAACAAUAUCGGCUUGGGCGGCAUGGCUCAGAAUGCGAGCGAGAUCAUGGAAGAGGACGACUUUCAAGCACAAGGUCCUGGGAUGGAAGCUGCCUACACCGCGUAUCAAACGGCCUUGAAGGAAAUAUUCCAAAAUAUCAUCAACGGGGACCUUGUCGGGGCAAGUCAAUCCCUUCUUGAUGUAUCGGAAUGGCUUUUGGGACACGUUGGGGAUCUGGACGAAAGUUCGCUUCACCCCGACCGGAUCCGCCUCUGGGGCGAGUUCAAUAACGCAUGGCUCGGCAUCUUUCAGAAGCAGAAGGAUAUGCUUGAAGCCGGCCAACAGUUGCAGCGUGGCCAGAGCUUGAUGACACAAGAUUUCAUCUCGAAGAUGGCGAAGGAUUUGAUCAGGAUGUGCGACGCGAUCGAGAAGCAUGGCCUCGUCGACUACCAAUACGGUGUGGCGGAGGAGCAAAUCAUCGACAUUCUCAGUGACUGUCUUGACCUACAAGUGUCGAUAGAAGGCGCCGGGGGAAAUCCGGGUCGAGCUCCGUCUUAA